AUGACGACCUACUCGUAUUACGCGGAAUAUCCAUCUGUCAAUUACUACGAGCCGCAGACCAGUGUUUACAACUACUCGGAUGUCAAUCUGAACGCAUAUUACUAUCAGAACCAGGGAAUGGGCAACGAGGACUGUCAAUAUACUCCCCAACAGUCGCCAAAAUACUCCAGAGAGCUGGAAAUGGCACAGAUUCAGAGAAAUGAAGAGCUGGUUCAGAUGCUUUCGCCUAUCAGGAAGUGUCAGGUAAGACUGGGAAAGAGAGGAAAGAUUAAAGUGGUAUUGAGGUCAAAUAGAGAGUAGCAGAUUAAAAAAGAGUAAUAAUUUAUUCUAAAAUCGAUUGAGAAAGGAGGAAAUAGGGGUGCUUGAGUAAAAGUGAAAGUGCUCCAAGUGCAACUUCCCGAUUUUCUUGAAAUUUCGCGUACAUGGCAUUGUUUGCACCAAAACCCAAAAAUUCAUAUUCUUUGCAGACUUUCGCCCACGAUUUCCGGCUUUGUAAAACUUAGGCUAGAAACCUCUCGUAUUUCUUAGGAAGUUGUAAUAUGAAUUUGUGGCAAGUUUUAUAAAAAAAAAUGCAUCUAUAACACUUCUUUUCCCAAAACAUACUUAACUAGUUAAUAACCAGUAAGUCAGCGACAAAAAAAGUAUCCUCACAUCACGUUUGUAGGAACCAUAUUAUAUCUUUCUAGAGAAUUGGUUAGAAAAUCAAUCAUUUCCCGGAAGUAAAAAAACAAAAGUGGACCUAAAUGACCCCAUAGAAAACACAAUGUUACAGUAUAAGGCGUUCUUUUUACAGGAACGGAUCCAGGCCGGACAAACCAAGAGAAAUGCUGAGAAUGCUCGCAGGAAAUUCUCGCUGACAAACGGAGUAAAGAAGACGAAAAGUAAGUGACAUAAAUCAUGGAGAAUAACGCGAAAUUGAGAGAAUUAAUAGAGUAAUUAUAGAAGUGGGGAAUGUCAGGUCCGCGGAGAAAUGAAGUGAUAUUGGGUGUUGACAGCGUACUGUAAGCACUUUUGCAGAAGGAUAAGGAAUUUGGAAUAGGAAAAAGUAAUCAAAGCGAGUGGCUGUAAAAUGAUUGCACACGCUUAUAAAUAGGUCUUAAUGGCCGAUUUUUUGUGGUUUUUCAAAAAGGUGACGCAUUUUUUGGAAAUUUCUGAACAGUAAAAGAAUAAGUUAUCAAGAUGUGAUCCUUAGAUUUAAAGGGUAGAAAAAACCCGUUUCUUUUCAAUUUCUACAUAAAAAAGUACAAAUUUUGUCGCUUUUUACUAUUCUCGAAAAAUUUUUGUUUACGGUAAUCGCAAAUAUUAUGAAAAAGUUAGUUUGACCAGGCUUCCGGAGAACAUUCAAAAUAAACCCCAAAUUAUCGAGAAACCAAAUAAACAAAGAUGUGCAAACACGCAUAGGUAAAUCGAAAACAUCUGAGAUUAAGCCAAAUAUGGCUUUAUUUAAUGUUUAAAACAAAACGCAUCUUAUCUCAAGGUGAAUGUCAAAAAACGAGCCGAUCAUGUGUAAUAUAAACAAAAAAUAUUUAUUUUUUUAUCUCAAGUCUAACAUGAUCAAUCGGCUUUUUCAGAUCCCUCCCCGCCCGCCCAGCCGGACCCCAAACGGACCAGUCUGUCGAUGCGUCGCUGGAAGACGGAGAUUGUCGCCAAGCUCCAGCACUCCUCUCCCGUCCCACCCUUUUACUAUGCGCCCCAUCAACGUCCGUUCUACACGGAUCGGUGGAGUGGAGCGGCAUCGAGAUGA